CCCGAGUUUCCCCCGUGCGCGUGCGCAUAAAUAGUUUGUCCAUAUUUUCCAAACAACGCGUUUUGAAUCCUCCUAUUCUGUGAGCAAAAUGUGACGGUUCGAUCUCCACUCCUGGCUCGAAUGUGGUAAAAUGCAAGGUUGGAGCCUCGCCGCUCGCCGUAGAAACCUGACGUGGCAAAUCCCACGCACGGCCGCCGCAGUUUCGCCACUUUGGGCUUCUUCUUUCCGGCGCUAAGCGAGCAACACCGAAUUGCACCCCAGCAGGGGCUCCAGCGCACCGGCCACACUUUUUACACGCUCAAAGUCGCUUCAAAUCGAUUAUUCUUAUUCUUAUCAUCUUGCCUUUUUUUUUUUUUUUUGGUAAAUUCUACGAAGCAUGUUUACGACGUCGGAGCUGGUUGUCCUGCUAGCCGUGCUGUCCGCCACGGCGUCCGGCUACUUCGUUAGCAUCGACGCCCAAGCCGACGAGUGCUUCUACGAGAAGGUCAACUCCGGCACCAAGAUGGGCCUCAUGUUCGAGGUGGCCGAGGGGGGCUUCUUGGACAUCGACGUGGAGAUAACCGGGCCCGACGGCAAGCAGAUCUACAAGGGCGACCGGGAGUCGAGCGGCAAGUAUUCCGUGGCGGCGCACAUGGACGGCACCUACAAGUUCUGCUUCAGCAACAAGAUGUCCACCAUGACGCCCAAGAUCGUCAUGUUCACCAUCGACAUCGGCGAGGCUCCCAAAGGCCAGGACAUGGAGACGGAAGCGCACCAAAACAAGCUGGAGGAGAUGAUCAACGAGCUCGCCGUGGCCAUGACGGCCGUCAAGCACGAGCAGGAGUACAUGGAGGUCCGCGAGAGGAUACACAGAGCCAUCAACGACAACACAAACAGCCGCGUGGUGCUGUGGUCCUUCUUCGAGGCCCUGGUCCUGGUGGCCAUGACGCUGGGACAGAUUUACUACCUGAAGAGGUUUUUCGAAGUGCGGCGGGUGGUGUAGCGGCGCGGCGGCAUGGCGAAGCGUCGUCGUCCUCGAGACAAUUUUUUUCAACUCUGCAAAGCGGACUGGUAGUUUCCACCACUUUAGAUUUCGUUCUGUUCUUCAAAAUGGCCGCAAGAGUGUGUCAAGUGGAUGUUUUUGUUUUUUCCCUCCCCCUUACGUUGUUUCAUUCAUUUGCUCAUACGUUUUUUUUUUUUUUUUUUUUUUUUCCGCACCAACUGAGCAUUUUAAAUCAGAUUGAAAGUUUUGAAAUUUAACGAAAGGCAAGUUUUCUCACUUCUGGGGUUGGUGUACGGUGGUUUGGUCUCAAACAGCGGCUGCUUUGAGAAGGUUACAAAAGGGCAAAUGUUAGUACAUUUUCUAGUAAGUAGUUGAAUCUGGGGGGGGGGGGGGGCUGACCUACUGACUGCUGUGCUUUUUGUGGCUGCUUAUUUUGUUGGGUGGGGGGGGGGAUUUUAAAUUAUGCAAUUGUACGACAGUUUGAACUUAUUUUGAUGUUGUUUUGGAAGAAGACUCUCAGUGGGACUCACCAUUUGGAUGUCACCUUUUGUUGUUGCACUCGAUUCGACAUUUUUGUUUUCUGCUCUUUUGCUAAACGUCCAAAGCCGCCGUGGCCGUCUUCACUUUGGCGGCUGUGCCCUGUGCGUCGCGUCCCAACCGAAGCGCUCCGAGGUUUUUGUACCCCCCCCCCCAAGGAAACUGACCUUCGGUGUUUGCUCAGGCAGGAAAAGUCCUCUGCACUCAGUCUCUGGAUUUCAGACUCCGACGCGCCGAUGCAUCAUCUGUGUGUAGAAUGGUUGUUGAGAACAAACCCCGGGUUUCAUAAUAAAGAAAUUCUAUACAA